CUUAAGAACUUAAAGAACCUCACCAAUGCCCUUGGUAUGCAGUCUCAGGAUGAACUAAAUGGGGCCUUUCUGUCCUUUGAACCCAAGCAUGAGUUUAUGGACCUUUGCAUGCAGGACUUUGUGGAUAACUACAAUGGCUGGAUCUGGACACAUCAGGGCCCAAAGCUCUUAACACGUGUUUUCAAGAAGUGGUGCUCCAUCAGCAAUAUCCAGAACAACAUGACCUGCAAAGGUGUGAGUGCUCUUUCCCCAGAAAGCUUUUAUCCUAUUCACUGGAAGGACUGGAAGAAGUUAUUUGAAGCAAUCAGCUCCUCAGAGCUUCACAAGCUCCUUAAGAACACCUAUGCCGUGCACAUGUGGAACAAACUGAGCCACGGGACAAGGCUAGAGAUCACAUCCCAGGCUUUGCUGGCUCAGCUGCAUUCUCAGUACUGCCCUGCCACAUAUGCGAAGAUGAAGAAGGAGUCUGAAGAGCAGUCAGGGCCUGCAGUGUGA